AUGAGCCAUUUAUUUGAAAGAAUUAAUUUAAAGAAUCAACAACAACAACAAAAAAUGUUAAUGAAUGAGACUGGAAGGAGAAAUUCUUUAUUUUUUGAUGUAAUUAAAGAUUGCCCUCAAUGGCCACCUAAUUUAAUUGAAAAUGAUCAAAAUCAAAAUUUGAUUGAAGCAACAACAAUUUCACAAACAAAUUUUGAAAAUAAGAUUUUGGAGGACAAUUUAACAAAAAUAGCAACAACAGCAGAAAUUUCAAAUAAUUUUCCUUUAUUAAAUGACGAAAAUGAAGCAACAAAUCCAUUUAUUUAUCCACCAACAGAAUUGACACCAAAAAAUAAUUUUAAUGAUAAAAAUAAUCGAGAGGAUGUGCAAUAUCCGUAUUGGUUAAAAAUUGUUUUCUUUUGUGUUUUGGGUUUUGGAAUUGCUUUCUUUUUAUUAAUGUUUUUAAUUGGAAUUAUAACAAGAUGUGAAAAUGAAACAGCAAAUAAUUCAAAUAUAGAAGAAAAUGUUGUACAAAUACAAUCUACGAGUAGAGGGUUUGAACGGAAUGAAGCUACUGAAGGGGGAAAAGGUUUUUUUUUAAUUUUUGAAAAAUUUUUAAAAAAUUUUUUUUUGGAAAAUUUUCGCGAAAAUUUUAAUUAAAAAAUUUUUCGAAAAAAUUUUUUUCUUUUUUCCGUUCUUUCUUCGCGUAAUAAACUUGUUGGUCCAACAAGUAGUGGAAGUAUUGUUGUAAUAGAAGGGCAAGGAUUACAGCAACAACAACCUUCAACAUCAUUCUCAAAUUAUCCAGCAACAACAACAAAUAUUAUUUCUUCCCCUCCAGGUUUAGUUACAACAACAGCAAUAAAUUCUA